GCGGCGGCGACGGCCCGCCGGGCCAAGCGCUAUUCCAGCAGCCCAGGCGGCGCCUGGCCGCACGGCCCGGCCGCCUCGUCGGCGUCGGCGUCGGUCUCGGUCUCGGUUUCGCCCGGCGCCGUGGCCGCGGGCCCGCCGCCACGCGCGCCCGACGAGGGCCACGCCUACUCGAUGCCCUCGGAGCGCCAGGCCUAUGCACACCUACACACCUACGCGUCGCAGGCUGCCGAGAAGUCGCCGCGACACGCGAGCCGCCUUUCGCCCGAGCCCUCUGUCGACCAGACCGCGAGACACACCGUCGCCGCCGCCGUCGCCGGCACCGGCUGGACUCGAGGCGCCGUCAUCCACUCGUCGGGCCACUCGACCGGCUCGUCGGCCAGCUCGUCGGCCUCCAGCACGUCGUGUCCAUCCCUCGGCAAACAGGCAAUCCCCUCCGGCCUGGCGCCUUCCGUCGCCAAGGCUACUCGACCCAACAACUGGCCGCCGGCCUGUCGGCCGCACCAGCCGGCUUGCCCCAGCAACCGCCAGCAGCAGGCGUCGCGCCAUCCGGGCCCGACCGGCUCCGAGUCGACGUCGCCCGCGUCCAGCUUGAGCCCGCCGCUGCUGCCUCUGACGGCGGCCGUCGACAUGAAGCCCAUCUCCACCUGCCGGUCCGAGGAUUCGGGCAUCAGUCUGCUUCGCAACAGCCAGUCGCCGCCCGAGUCCCCGCACGGCCUCUUCUACGACGGUCCCGAGGCCGGGCCUGACGCCGACUCGCUCGACCACUUCUACUACUUGGGCGAGGACUUGGACUCACCAGAAGACAACAUCCAUGACGACGGCGUGGUUGGGGAAGAAGAUGAGGAGGAGGAGGAGGAGGAGGAUGCGUACGAGACGGAAUUCCUUGUACCGCCUCACUGCCCCGAGAAGGACAGUCAAGUGGAGGCAGGGGAGGCGACGGAGAGAGUUAAGACGGAGGAACGGUUCGAGGCGGCAGAAGAGACGGAGGCCGAGCACGAAGGAGAGAUUGAGGAAGAGGAAGAAGAGGAGGAGGAAGGGGAGGAGGAGGAGGGGGAGUAUGAAAGUGGGCGCUCUUCCAGCUACUCUGGCCCCCGAUUUGGGCUUCACCCGAGAGGCUAUCGGCCGGCCGGACUUCGGUUUCAGCAUCGCCUCUUUCGCGGUCUGCCUCACGCGAUGGGUUCUCGCGAACUGGCGCCAGCGCCGGUCCAACCGGCGCCGCCACCGCCCGCCCGAUACCGUCAGCCGUUCAUUUUCCCCUUCGGCCUGCGGUUUCCGCUCAACACCUCCGUUGCCGGCGCCCCGCGAUCAGCUGACCGUGACGCGAUGGCGUCCGCCUCGUCCGCCCUGGCGCACCAGCGAUCGCACUACCUUCUCAGUCCGGUUCCUGUGCCCGGCAACAUGCCUCGCAUGCUCGCCGUCGAGACGGGCCGGUCGUCACGGCAUUGGCCCCAGCGACGCGGCGGCGGCUGCUCUGGCGUCUGUGCGGCCGGUGCUGGGGCCGACGCGCAAGCGGGCUUUGCGUCAAGCCCGGCCAAGGCGGCAACUCGUGCGCCUGCCAGUGCACCCACAGCCACAACCGCGUCUGCACCCGUGCCCAUGGCAUUCGCCGCCGCCGCGUUUAAGUCCGGCCAGCCGACGACAGCCUCAUUGUCGCCGCCCAAGCAGACCUUGACACGACCCAACUCGCUGCGAGUCUCGCCUCGACACCAGUUCGCCCCGGACACUGUUGUCUCGCCUGCGAUUCUCGAUCUCCCCAGCAACCCUAGUGAGGCUGUCCGGCACACUUUUGACUCGGCCAACUCUGCCUGCCCGGCCGAAAAGACCGUCGCCAGUCCCGUAGCCCUGGCCAGUCCUGGCGUCUUGGUGACGUCGACGACGACGUCGACAGCGACCGCUUCUGGCGCCUAUUGCCCGUACGAAGAGAAUCGCUUCCAGAUACUCACCUACGACCAGGUGUUGCGAUUGCACAAUUUCCUGAACGCAGAAAUUCCUGUGCACAGUCGUCUGCCCAUCUUUCCCACCAUCCACAUUAGACUGAGUGAACUGUUCCGCACCGUCAAGGCGAGCCUUCAGAAGGCCGGCAUCCCGGUCAGAGAUAUACGCCUGAACGGUGGGGCGGCAACUUAUGUCAUUGGUGAGUCUGUCUACAAUUUCGCUCCAAUGAUGCCAUACUUUUCAACACAAUCACAAAAAGGUCUUCUCAUCUCGGCCCGACUGUACUGCAGUUUCCGCUUGACCUGGCUCUCGACAACACCACCAACGGACAUCGAACCCGCCUCACAGAGGGCAGACGACCAUUUCAAGGCACUUGCCACAUCACAUUUGCAUGUGGUGGUAUUGCCGAUGAAGCAAACUUGUGCUUACCAUUCUCCAAUCGACCGCACUACUUAUAUUCGUAAAUGA